AAAUCAAAGGUUACGAUGCGUUCUGAUCCAUUGGAUCCAGUUUCAGGUAAGAAUGUCACUGCGAGAGGAGGGCCAUGUAAGACGGGCCCAGCCCAAUUUGAAAGCCUAACCCGGCCCAACUCGAAGAGCGUCGUCGUCGUCGUCUUCUUCUUCUUCGCUUCGCCUCCGCGUGAGGGUUUCACAGCAAGAAUCUCUGAUCUCCCAAACUUCCUUGGCUUCAUCCCGACGGCAAAAUCCAUGGAGACCUUCGCCGUCCCUUUCGCGGUGGACCUCUCUAAGAAGCGCAAGAUUGAGGACAACAACAACGGGUUCGCGCCGCCGACGGAGCAAUCGGACGCCGUCCCCGCGCUCGACCCCUUCGAGGCUCGCAAGAUGAUCGAGCCCUUCACCAGGGAGCAGCUCCUCGACGUCCUCCAGGAAGCCGUCAUCAACCACCCCGAUGUGCUCUACGCGGCCCGCGCCGUGGCGGACGGCGACGCCACGCAGCGGAAGCUAUUCGUGCGCGGCCUCGGAUGGGAGACCACCACCGAGGGGCUCCGCUCGCUCUUCUCUGUGUACGGAGAGAUCGAGGAGGCCGUCGUGGUCCUCGACAAGGCCACGGGUAAGAGCAAGGGUUAUGGGUUCGUCACGUUUAAGCACGUGGACGGCGCGCUCCGUGCUCUACGGGAGCCGAGCAAGAAGAUUGAUGGCCGAGUCGCAGUUACCCAGCUCGCUGCCGCCGGUAAUACCGGGUCGAAUGCGAAUCCCGUGGAUGUUUCCAAUAGGAAGAUUUAUGUAGGUAAUGUGCCGAUUGAUAUGCCCUCGGAUAAGCUUUUAUCUCAUUUUUCUGCGUAUGGUGAGAUUGAGGAGGGCCCACUGGGGUUUGAUAAGCUGACUGGGAAGUCGAGGGGUUUCGCUCUGUUUGUAUAUAAGACGAUGGAUGGAGCACAGGCUGCGUUGGUGGAACCGGCGAAAAUGAUUGAUGGGAGACAGGUAAACUGUAAAUUGGCGAUCGAUGGGAAGAAGAAACCUGGAGCGGGGCCUAUGGGAGGUCCUGGUGCACCUGGUGGGCAUGGGGAUCGCCCAGUUGAUGGAAUGGGAAUGGGUGGUGUACCUUCCUUUGCGGGGUCUGUUCCGGGGCAGUAUGGUCCGAGUUCGGUUGGAGGUUACGGUGGGUAUUCGGGUCAACCAUCGGUGGGUCUGAUGAAUUCGGCUUCAAUCGGCGGCCCCAGUGCGACUUCUAUCUCCAAUCAGGCUCCUUCAUCCCUGGGCGGUGUUGGUGGUUAUGGUGGUGGACUAGGUGGUCCAUAUGGUGGUUACGGCGGGCAUGGGUCUGCAGGCUAUGGAGGGAUGGGUGGUGCUCUUGGCGGACAUGGUUCUGCUGGGGGUUUUGGUGGCAUUGGCGGCGGUUUGGGCGGUGCUGCAGGUGGACUAGGUGGCGUGGCUUCAGGUUUUGGAGGUGCUGCCACUGGAUCAUCUCUGUAUCGGCCUUCAGGUGGGUAUCCAGAAGGGGGGAACUAUGGGUUGUCAUCAUCAUCUGCUUACCCUAGUCAGACUCAGCAGCCAACAGGGACCUCACCUGUGCCAAGGGUUCACCAAGGAGGAAUGUAUCCCAGUGUGCCUCCUUAUUAUUGAGGUGUAUGACAGCUUGUUGGGGCAGAUGCUAUUAUCAUUCUGGUGAUUGACUGAAUGCAAACAAUAUUUCUCUGGUUUGAUGAAUGCAUUAGCUGUGCUUUUGCGGCCUCUCUUGACUCAUCUUCUCCUUAAUGAUGUGGAUCUGACUACUGUUAGCUAAAGCAUCUUCAGAUUAGAUUUGAUAUUUUGGAAGCUUCUGUAAUAUCCGAGCUCUUUUCUUGAAUGGAGGUGUUUACGAGCAGAAGUGUUGAUGUUUAGUGAAAGGUUUCUUGUACUCAUUUUUAUGAUUGUUUCCUUUACCAUUAUAUGCCCCAUAAGGAUUUUGGAAUUGUUUUUUUAUUGGCGAUGGUUGCACGGAUGUUAUUUGAGUUGCUUACUUUGGUGAUGUCUUUUUAUGUGAUGAUUCAAGUUUGAAGGGGUAAGAAAGAAUCCCAAAAGUUUUUUUUUCCCUCUUUGAAUUAGCUUUAUUAGAGAAUCCUGGUUUUUCAGUGGGUAGGGAUGGCUGGUUUUUUCUCAUUUGGUUUUCUGGCCUCGUCUCUCCCUUGCUUUUGCAUAUAUACAAUUUGGUUUUUGGAGUUCUGGGUUUUGGAAGGGUUCAGAUAGUGGUUUCUUGAACACAAAUUUUUGGAAUAUAAACUAUUAAGUUCUUUUUUCUGUACUCAACUUCAAGGACAUGACUUUCAAUAUUCCUGAAAUCCCUGCUUAACCUUUUCACUUCCAUCCCGCUGAUUUGUUGAUCCUUGGAUAAUGGCAGCUAUACAAAUUACAACGGUUAGCUGCUGCCGGCAGACAUUUGCUUCUGCAAGUCUCUUUCUAGCAUCAUCAUGAUUAGUGCCUUUCUUUUGGUCGGGAACCGUGAAACAUGUAUCGUCCAACAUUUUUUUAUAAAAUGAUAUUGCUUUUGGAAGUCAUUCUGCAAGUCUGUGAUGUCAUGCAGCUAGUGCGCUAUGCAUGGCUUUUGUUUCAAAGAAACUUGUUUCUGUGUUGAGUGUAGUGGCCUGUCGUUAUGGGUGAAGGCUAUAUUCUCUCGUCUCUGACUUGGGUGGGGGCAAUCCUGUGAUUCUUUAUUCUCCCCUACUUGUCCUGAAGUGAGUUGUCGUUAAUGGUUGGGAUUUCAAACUUGUAUCAUGGUGAUUGCGUGGUUCUGGAAUUCAAAUUUUUCCUACAAGUCAAUAUCUGUUCCUCAAUUGUUUCAUGAUGUUAUUUUUAUGUUGUGUAUGAUGCUCCAGCUUGCUAGGUUAGCCUGUCAUAUGGGUUUAGUCUUGUGCACUGUUGCUUCGAGUGUAACAUUCUCUCUGUACAAGCUUGUUGUCCUAAUUAUUGAGUCUUAGCUUUUGCUGGUGCAAUAUUUAAUGCACCCUGGGACUAAGCUGAAGUUUGUGCUCUUUAUCUCUUUUAUCUUUAAGUCGAGCUUGACUUACUGGCAUCUGCUUCUUCAUAUGGUAUAUCAAAGGUGCUAAAAAUGCGAUAUUUAGGAAGCUGGGGAGAGUGAAAUAAGCUUUUGGAUGCACACUCUAGUACCAUUGUUUGAUGAGAGUAUUUGUUAUGCAAUGAUCAUCUCCUAAUUGAAGGAGAAUGUUAAAGGUGAUCGAAAGUUCUUGGACAAUUUAUCCAUCGUGGUCUUUAAGAUGCUUUUGUGCCUUUGAUGCCACUUUGGAUGAACUUAUUUUGUUUGAUAAAAGGAGGUAAAAUAUCCCACUCAAAUGUCAGAGGGUACUCAUCACUUGUGGGAGCUUAUCGAAGUUGUUAUGUUGAUCAUUUUGGAAGAAGAGGAAGAUUUCAUGGCUUGAAUUGUUUCGUUGAUUUUUGACUUUUUAACUUUGUGUGGUUUGUAGGAUAAGAUGGUAUUUGGCUGAUUUUCCACUAGAUGUAGUGGUUGAUUCACGAAAGUUGGAUGGGUAUUAUGGGGAUAAAUUUGUAGGUGUUUUUGGACCAAAAACUUUUAAUCCAAGUAAAUAUGCGUGCACAAUGUUAGGGACUUUUUAAUUUUCUUUUGGGUUGAUGCAUGGUUGUUAACUUGGGUGGAGGGAAUGUUGUGCUCCCGGAGUGCCCAGAAACUUCUCGCAUAAUUUAGCCACAUUGCUUUGAUAGCUUGAAUCAUCAUCCCAUUGAUAUUGCAGAGGUGGUAUUUAAUUAUAUACGCUUUGAUGUCUACAAUACUAAGUGAGAUGACCCUAAUCAAUGCUCUUUGAAACUCGGUUGUCAAGUCCCCCCUUUCAAGAAAUCUUCAGCCAGAGGCAUUCCAAAUCAGCAGACUCGAUGAUCUAGUUCAGAACAAUUGACAAUUUGACAUGGUGAUGAUUUGUUGUCCUGAUUGUUGUCUAAAUGUUGGUAAUUCAGGUCCAUUCCAUGUCCGUACGUGAUCGAUAGAUGGUAGUGACUGUCUUAUGAAGCUUUAACUUAAUUGUUCUUUCUAUAGUAAAAUAUGGUUUUAUGAAUUGAUGUGGCUAAGUUUACAAUGGAAUUGGAGAAAUAGGAAGUGGCUUAGUAAGUCAUCUCAUUCUUUUAAUGCUUUUGCCUUUCCUUGUUCUGACCCAUUUUUCCUCGUCCUUGUUCAUGGGGCACGAGACAUGACCCCUUUCGAGUAGGGCCGAGGCCAGGGAAGUUCUGAGAGAAGAGUUUCCGCCACCAGCUGCGACGUUGUAUUGUGUCAGAGUCGGAUGAAUUUCAGGCGAUGCUGUUGUUGGAUUCUUUUUUACGCAACGGGACGGAUGACUCCUGAAAAUUAGGACAUAAGCUUGCUAAGUUCGGAAAUAUUGUAUUUGUAGCACUCGUCAGGGCACUCAGGAUGUAUCUCAUGCAAUGCUAGACAAAUCAUCGAUUGUUGUUUUCUCAAAAGGAAUUUUGGAAAACGAGUUUCAGCUA